CUAUUGGUUAAUAGAGCCGUCCGUCAGAGGGGUUUCCGGAAGAAUCACCCCCAACUAAGAAGAUGGAGGACCGUAACUCAGAUUUGAGCAGACCACAGAUGUACUUGUUUGGUUGUACACUGAAAUCGGACAAACGGGAGUUCAAAGUUGACAUAGAUGACGACGAUGCAGAACAGCAGCUGUCACUGAAAGCAGUGUGUCUGGGAGCUGAAGCUGAGGACAAGUUCCACAUGGUGGAAAUCGAGGGGCUCACUUACAACGCAAAGACCUCCAAAGUGCCGCUUGCCGUGCUGAAACCAUCUGUCCUGCCCUCCUUGAAUUUAGGUGGAUUUGAGAUCACACCUCCGGUUACCUUUCGUCUUGUGUCGGGUUCUGGUCCGGUCCACAUUAGCGGGCAGCAUUUUGUCAGUGUGAAGGAGUCUGACGAUGAAGAGGAGGAAAACAACUCCUCUCCUGUGAAGCGGCCUGCGAGCCAGUCACUAGUGAAGAAGCCUCCUGCGAAAAAAGUAAAAACGGAUUCAGAUGAGGACGACGAAGAAGACAGCGAAGAGGACAAUGACGAUGAUGACGAGAGUGAUGAAGAUGACGUGAAGCCUCAGAAAAUUGUGGACAAAGUCAAAAAGAGCUCAGAUUCUUAUAAAAAACCCAACAAGACGCCCGUCAAGCAAAACGGUCCUGCAGGAAAACCAUCCGGAUCAGCAACUAAACCUCAGGCUAAGACACAAGCCCAAGGAAAAGACAAGCCCCAGGCUGGCCCGUCCAAAUCACCAUCACUCGCUGAGAUCAAAAACAAGCUCUCAACAGCAGCCAAGGAGGGGAAAUCACUACCGAAGACGGAGCAGAAAUUUGAAAAUUUUGUGAGAACCUCUUAUAAAGUCACAGACAAAAAAGUGGUCAAAGAUCUCUGGAGUUUUUUGCAAACACUGAAGACGGAGAAGAAGUAACACAUUCAUCCAGAAGGAUUUCUGUUCUCCUGCAAGACAUUUAAAGGCACAGUCAACAAUGUUUCUCCACUGGAUCUCAUCCUGUCAGUACAGCUAAGGGCUAUGAUCAGAAGAAACAAUUACUGGAAUUAUGUAAAGAAUUUAAUCCAUUGGCUUAGGUUACUUUUUUGUACCUUGAUGCAGAUCCAAAUCAUUCAUAGAACUGGUGCACUCCCAAGUUGAGAUUUUAAGGCUGCAAAUUCUGUUAAAAUGUAGUUGGUGCUGUCUUCCACUUCUUGUAGGUGUUCAACGUGCUGCUUGACUCUACAGAGGUUUGUGUAGCCCAAUUUAGGAAUGCAUUUCUAACAUUUAUGCCGUCCACACACAAUAAAAAUUCCAACAUGAUUAAUCUAAAUGCAAUGAACAAAAAAAUGUUAAAGAUUUGAUAAAAUCUAAAGCUAAAAUUUAAAGGUGAAAACCUGAUAGGUAGAGUAGCGGAGCAGCUAUCAUUUCGGUGAGGGGGUGUCAGGAAAUCCUCAAAUGCUAAAGGAUUUGGAUUUUUAGUAAAAACAUUCUAAGAUACACACAUAUAUUAAUCUUGCUUUAAUUUAACAUAAAGCAUAAAACUACCCAUAAAAUCAAAACAACUGUAUUUAGAUUGUCAGCAGAUGGUUUCAGGUUUCACCAAAUGUUUCUUUUGCUGACUAGAAUGUCAGGCUGAUGCUACCAAUCUAAUAGUUGCUUUGACUGUCAUCUACUGCUGCUUGUGAGUGCUUUACGUGUUCACGUCUACAAUAAGGAUGUAUUAGAGUAAAUAAUUCAGUAGGAGAAAUUGCAGAUUGUGCCUUUAAAAGUCUGAUCUGCAACCAGAAAUGAAUCAGAGUUGUGACUCCUGUAAAUUUUGACCUAAAUAUUCAAGAACUUUCAAGACUGCUGAUGGCAUAAUUUUAUAUUUUCAGCCAGUAAGUGUCUUUUGCUUUUGUCAGUUCCUGUUUUUAAACAUGUUCAUUAUAGUACAUGUCAAUUUUUCACAACACAUCAGCAUUUUUCCAGUCAUACAAAAGUAUUGUAAUUGAUCUAAUCAUUCAAAAAUGUUGUUCAUUCAGUUCCGUUAAAGCUAACCCUGGUAGAUCCCUUAUACUACAUACAUCUGGAGAGUGUAGUGUCAUUUAAAGAAACGAAAAACUAAACAGUAUACAACAUAAAUAGCCUUUAUCAUCCCACAGUAGGGACAAUCAGGUGUAAAGUAUGAGUACUAUCCCUCAAAAAUGAAACUGAACGUGAGUUAAAGUUUCAGCUUUUCAUCAUAGUGACAACGAUGAGUAGAAAACAAGCCCUGUACUAAACAGCCUUUACAAAAACAAAGUAAGUCUAGAUGAGGAACUUCAGCAAUAUGUGUUUAAAAGACACCAACAUUUGAACAUACCGUAAAUCCUCUAAUAUUGGCCUGUAUUUAAAUUAACUGCCAGGUAUCAUAUUUUGGCCGGAGUCGGCGGAGGUGAAUAUUGGCCGGUUUUUUAUUGUGGCCGGGUGGAAUGUGGUAACAAGCAAGUACGGGGGGCGGUUGUGUCAUCCGUCUCACUUUUGAUUUGCCAGUUAUAGACCGCGAGGGUAACUGUAACCUUGCGGAGACGAAGAGGAGGCAAACAUUUGAUGUCAAGUUCAAAGAGAACGUGCUGAUUAUGCUGCAGAACACUCUGGGGAGCAGUAGGGGUUGUAUGAACUAGUCACUAGUCGACUUCACCGCUCUAUAGUGACUUUUUAUGCCUGUCAUCGACUAGUCGCUGUCAGGUGAUAAUGACCGGCAAGAUGCAGUCCACGGAAAAGACAGCAGCCUGCUGUCAGCAGGUGACAAGCUCCUGCGCGUCGGGAGGCAACGCGCUGUGCCAGAGCGUCGGUACUGACACCCGCCGUAAAACGGACAUUUAACCAAAUUGUGACCUUUACCCUCUUGCAAUUUAACCUUCCCGCAUGCAAAGCUCUGAUUUUUGACACGCUUCAGACAUCUGCGUCCUGAGCACGGCCACAGUAACAUUAUCAAAUCAGGUGUCGCCACCUCAAAAACUAAUUUAACACGCGAUCGUUCAUGUCGGCUCAUUUCCUUUUAUUUUUUCUGUCUUUUAUUCUUUUAUUUGUGCCUGAUGCUUUUCGCUGCUGUGGAUCGGGGCGCAUCACCUUUUUGUCCUCGGUGAAGCACCUAACUGAUGUGGCUGGCGAGCACCCCGCUGUUUUUGCGGUCGGUAGAUCUUUUAGAACUGCAGUUCAAAGGUAACUCAUAAGGUGAAUAUAUAUGAAGCCAGGUAGCAGUUUUUCUUUAGGAUUGAGAGGAGAUGCAGGAAGAUAAUAAACAGGCAGGGGCGGCGUUAGGCCCGGCUACUUGGGCUGAAGCCCCAGAUGUUUUAUGAAAAGCCCCGGAUCUCAAAUGUGGCAGUAACAUGCAGUACCAAAGUCCAACAGAGAGGAAGCAGCUGGCAGUAGUUUGUAUACAGCCUGCCUGAGCCUCCACCACUGAGGAAGAAGCCCUUCAGCAGCCAGCUUCGUCUACACUCUGCCUGAAACGCAUGAGUGAAGAUGGACAUAAGGACGUUUUUUAGACAAAAAGUACAACGACAGAACCCCAGCUUUGAUGAUACUAGUGUUGACUCAGGUUUGUGAGUCUUAUUUGAAAAUAUUUGUUGUGCUGCUGGUUUGCCUAAAGUUAGCUUACUAUCAGGUAAAGUUGAUGGAGAAAGAAAGGGAAUAUUUACUAUCAUCUCACACUAAACACUAACAGGAACAAUACUCUGCCCUGAAUAUGCUUAAUAUGUAGCUUCAGAUUAAAAAUUAUGUGGUGCAAGACAACUAUAUAUGAUUUUGACUAGUGCAUGUCUCGUGUGUGUGUGCGCGCGUGUCUGUGUGUUAAGCCACGGAUCUUCUUCAGUCCUAAAUCCGCCCCUGAUAAACAGGCAGGACAGGAAAAUAGUCAAAUAAAAACAAGUUAGUUUUUGUACCUGCUGUUGCAACAAACAGACACCAUUGAAGGUCAUCAGAAGUGAGGAACAGAAAAUGAAAUAAUUAUUUUAAUGUUUAGAGCAGCAGGAACUCCGAGGGGCUGCAGGCGCAUCAGUGAGUUUGCGGCCGCUGCACAGGGGGAGGGGGGAGAGGGCUGAAGCAGAAACUACCGUUGUUAAAAGAAAUGUGUUUAACUUUGAAAAUGUGAGCGCAAUUUUAAUUGUCAAAAACUCCUGCAAACCAUUAGUUCAUUUUGCUCAAAUAGAAAUUGAGGCCUGCCUCUAAUUCUGGUCCUCCUUCCAAUAAAGGCCUGGAGCUUGAUGAGCUUGAGUCAAAUACAGGCCCUGGCCUGUAUUAGAGGAUUUACGGAAUAUAAAUGUAUUCUUGUGAGAUACAUACACAUUAGAAUCAAACCUAAGCACAUAUCAUAUUGAAUUAAAUAUACUGGCCUUUGAAUUGACAUCAGAACAAUAAAAGUUCAGAAAUUUGACUUCCUGUCUGACCCUAACCCUUUAAAGGGUCAUGUGUUGGUAUGGUAGUUUGAAACCUUUUUGCUUGACCUUAAAAUGUCCAAGUAGUACUUUCUUGAUCAUUUACCCCCAAAUGUUUUCCCAGUAGCUGGUAGGUUUUCUGUGAAAAAUCAUUUUAUUUUUAGUUUGAAAGUUGGCAGCAGAACUUUUACUUUUUAAAUGUUUGCUUACUCUGUGCUUCCAUGUACCUUUAGUUCUCUGUUGGAAAAUUAUGUUUCAUUUUGCUAUUAAAGUGUUUUGACUAAAA